UGCACUUUUCCGCGUGGCGCAGUACCACCACGAGAAAGAUGCUCAGUUUCAAAAUGACCACCGAGCGUCCACAGCUCGCUUCGACUCUCGAGUGUCAAUAUUCGUACAAGCCAUGUACGCACCCACGGUCGCGCAAGCGCAAUGGAAGUCUCCACCUGCUUUGCGACUACCACCGCAAGAAGGCCAACGCGAUCCAACGCACGUACGCCAAUAAGAAGCGCCUCGAGCGGCUGCAGCUCAAGCAGGCCAAGAGCGCGAACGUUGUCGUUGCUGCCGCACCGGCGCAGCCCACUGCCAAGGCGGCACCCCCGACGCCGUUGUCGACGUCCGGAAAUGCCGCGGACGAACUCGGGGCCGAGCUCUUCGAGUACAUGAGCUCCCUCUUGCAUGACGACCAUGCGCUGCCGUGGACCGACACGCUCUGGGCUCGUGACGAAGCCAAUCUUUUGGACACGCUUUUGUAAAGCUCCGAUUCUAGUUGUCUGUGGACGUGUAGUAAAUGUAAUAUGAGAUGCUCGUUUCGACGUCUCGGUUACGCGAGAAGCGCAACGCAAG